CAAUAUAAUAAAAAAAAUUGUAUCCAAGUGCUAAAACAGACAAGAUGUCCAGCAAUACUAAUGUGGUGAAACAAUUCGCACAGAUUACCGGUGCGUCGGAAGAAAGAGCGAAGUUUUUCGUUGAUGCGGCAAACGGCGAAUUGCAGGUUGCGCUGAGUAACUUUUACGAAGACGAGAACGAUGAUGCGGACAUUUCCGAUGAAGAAAAUCCACCCGCGGAGCCUGCUUCGAUAAAGAUCGCACGUGCAGAAAAAGCCAAGGGAAAGAAAGCUGCCAAGCCACAGUCAAACAUUGCAACACUCCAUACGCUUCAUUCUUCCUCUUCUGAAGAUGAGGAAGAGCAGGGCCAAGCAUUCUAUGCAGGUGGCUCGGAACGUUCCGGUCAGCAGGUGCUAGGUCCACCGCGAAAGAAUCCGAUCAAGGAUUACGUGUCGGAAAUUUUCCGUUCCGCCCAGCAAGGAAAUUUGGAAACGUUUGAUCCUUCGGAUGAGAGCGGUGGUUCGAGCUGGUCACUGUACGCCGGAACCGGAUACCGUCUUGGGCAGACGGAAGACGAUCACCAGGAAGUUGCACCGCGUGGAUCACGAACAGCGGCCGCAACUGGUGGGCAAAAUUUGGAAAUUGUUACGCUUACCCUGUGGCGCCAAGGAUUCGUAAUUAACGAUGGUGAGCUGCGUUUGUACGAAGAUCCUGCCAAUCGGGAAUUUUUCGAAUCCAUCACCAGAGGUGAAAUUCCGGAGGAACUUCGUUCGAAGGGCCAAACAAUGUUUCGCGUCGAUCUGAAGGAUAACCGGCACGAGGAGUAUGUAAAGCGCAGCAAACCAUUUAAGGCGUUUGGUGGAUCCGGUCAAACACUCGGCAGUCCUGUACCACCGAUGGCAGCGGCGAGCAGUAGCAGUUCCAGCAGUGCAGGCGGUGGCAACAACGAAGAAAAUGAAAAGCGUGCCUCUGAUGAGCUUGCACUGGACAGUAGCCAACCUACGACGAUGCUUCAGAUUCGGCUGGCCGAUGGGAGCCGACUGUCGGCCCGGUUCAACCAGACACACACAGUCGAUCAUGUGCGGCGCUACAUUGUGAACGCCAGACCACAGUAUGGGGCACAACAUUUCGCUCUCAUGACAACGUUUCCAAGCAAGGAGCUGAGCGAUGGUGCGCAAUCGCUAAAGGAUGCCGGUUUGCUGAAUGCAGCAAUAAUGCAGCGAUUGAACUAGUCC